AGCUGGCCUAGCGGUUGGACUCCAGUUCCAGUGCACACUCUCCCAACUGACGAAGAUCAUGCUGGCAACGUCUUCGCUCCAUGUCCUCGAGCUGUACAGCUGGAUGAUGAAUUACAGAAUAGUAAAGAAUUCAAACAAAUCGCUGAAGACAACAAGGAUUUCCUCGAGUAUCUUUCGAAGUAUACAGGAAUGAAGGUUGAGCUCCCAAUUAUCUACCUCAUUAACGAUGUGCAUCAUAUUGAGACGAUCUACAAUAUGAGCCAGCCAAAAUGGAUGACCCACGAGGUCUCAAAGCGACUUCGCAAUCUCACUUCCCUUGUCAACGAGUACACUUAUGGCAUUGGAGACCCAUACGUGCCGGAGUUGAUCCGUUUGAGAGGGGGACCAAUGCUUCGUACUCUCGUUGAUCUUAUGAAUCACAAGAUGGACUGUCUCAAUAGCUCCAAGCAACGAACUGAAUGCAAUUGGAUCAAACCUCUCAAAUACUAUGCUUACUCCGCGCACGACACAACGGUGGCUGCGUUGCUGUCGACAUUUGGUGAUGAGAUGGAGGUGAUCCGUGGUGGUCUGCCAAGUACACCGCAUCCGUGGCCAUUGAACUUUGGACUCUCGAAGGAGAAGGACCAGCUGUCAGGAUCCUCUUCCAUGGCGCUUUCCACCACAACUACCACACAAUCACUCACCUCACGAAAGGCUGUCCCAUAG